CAUCCGCUAUGAUCGCGCCGAGGAACGUGUUGGCGCAGUCCUCGAGGCCGCCGUUCGAACACGAAACCGACCGCGGCCGCGCGGUGGACCACUCGGUCGUCGGUCGGUCGCACGUCGCCCGACGGGACAACGUCGACGUUUCGCACUUCAUAUACCGUCGUCGCGGAUUUGACCGCGAACGCCGGAGAUCAAGAAGAGCGGGUAUUGGAACUAUAGAGCUGUGGUUCCCAAACCGUGAGGCUCGAGCACUCGGAGGCGGAGGCGCAAGGCAUAUAUUUAUACUGUACAUUGCACUGUCUUUGGGAACCGCUGCUGGAGAAGAUAAAAACAUAAUACAUGUUCAAAAUUUUCUGCUAAUAAUUGAACUUCACUGGGUAAUGUAAACAUUUAAAAAUAUUCUGUCCACUUACAUGGAGAUAAUGCAAUGCCUAUGAAGUGUUUUGAAAUCGUCAGGUUUAGUACAAUUAUUUGCGGUAAGCGAUUACAUAAAUGAUAACUAUAGUCCAAAGGUUUGACUAUUAAAUUAUAUAAAUUCUUUAAUUUUUUAUUUUUAUUUUUGUACUUAACUUUUUUUUUUUACAUUGUGUAUGACUAUUUAUUUUUGUUGGUACAACGCAUUUUAAUUGUAAUAUAAUAAUUAAAGUACCUGAUUAUACUUUUUCAGUUAUAUUUCGAUGCCAGGUGAAAUUUUUAAAUUUAAUUAAUUUUAAUUAAUAAUUUAUCAAACAGGUUAUGUUUACUAAUAUACUAGAAUAAACAAUUUGAUUUAUUUAUGUAACUAUAAGGAUAUCAAAUUUCAAUUAGGUCUUCCUGUUAUAUGAUAUAAAUAAAUUUACUCUGUUGAUACAACUUGUACAACUGUAGUCCAUUGUUUCCCAUGUCUUCAUUUUUAGCGAUUAACUUUUAUUCUAAAUACUUAUCACGACACCAGGGACGGAUUCAGGGGGGCCUAGGGGCACAGCCCCCCCAGACAUAUUAUUUCUCAAAUUUUUUUUAUAAUUCUACACAUCGUGAUAUUACUUUUUUU